CAUCCGCGCAGGCGCAGUUGGGCUUUAGGUCAUACCACUCUCAGCUCCAUAGGGGGGACAGAAUUUGUUGUUUAAACCACUUACCCCAGCUGCCUUAACUCUCACAUUUUCCUCCAGUUUGUCGUUUAAGGUGAAGAACUUUCAAUCCUGGUGGGGGACCGAAGGCGAGUCGAUGAAGGCGGAGUGAAAAGGGAAGAGAGGGGUGAGUGGUACAGCCCACUGACGCGUCGACUAGUAGGCUGGCCAGUGCGCGCUUCCUUCCUCUCUUUCUUUUUAGUGCCGUCGGCGCCGCCGCCAUGAGGUGAGGAGCUGCGGAGUAGUAGGCGGCGGGGGGGCCUUCAGUCUCCGUGGGGAGUUUUGGGGGGGGGAAAGGCCGAGGCUCGACGAGUGAAGGAAGGGGAGAGAACAAAAGCCAAUAGAGAGAGGCUGUUUCGUUGAGGGCGCGCGACACCGUUACGGAGGGACGGUUGGGAGACGCGGCCUAGUAGCGCCUGAAGGGGGAGGCGGCGGCGACGACGACGACUGGGGGUUCGAAAGGGGAGGAGCCUCCGCGCCUGCCACGAGGGGCUGGCAGAGCCGAAUUGGCGGGUUGGGGUGGCGUCCUCCCUCCUCUGGAUGGUCCAAAGUGGGCUGUGGGCGUUAAAAGGCACGGUGGGGCCCGAAAACGGAGGGAAGCCAUUGAGGAUCAUAGAAUUGUAGAGCUGGAAGGGAGGUCCACCCCCCAUGGGUCAUCUAGUCCAGCCCUUUCCAAUGCAGGGAUCGCAACCUUGGCCGAUGGCCUCUAUACAACUUUGGAUGAGAAACCUCCAGUGAGGAGAGAGGCCGUCCGAGGGAGACCCUUCCCACUGUCGGAACAGCUCCUCCUGCCAGAAAGUCCUUUCUUAAUGUUUAGUCGGGAGCAUCACAACAAAAGGAGGGGGGAUAUUUAUUUGUUGCAAUUAUAUACCAUUUUCUUUCCUCCGAGGAACUCGAAGGUGGUGUUCGUGGUUCCCCUCGUUUAAUCCCCACAAUCAACCUUGUGGGAUGGGUUAGACUGGCAGGCAGUGACUGGCUCACAGGGUCACCCAGUGAGCUUCACAACCAAAUAGGGAAUUUAUUUAUAUGCUUAUUAAAUCUGCCUCCCUUUAGCUGAAGAUCUCAGGGCAGUUCACAGCAUAAAAAUACAAGAUAAAAAUACAAAAUACAUAAUAAAAGUGAGCAAAAUAAAAGCAAACCCAUAACACACACUCCCACAAACACAUUUAAAAUGACAUACACUGUUAAUCAGCCAAAAGCCUGGUUGAAAAGGAAUGUUUUUCCCUGGCACCCAAAGAUGUAUAACGAGGAAUUGAACCCUGGCUUCCUAAAUCCAAGUCAUGCAAUAACCACUAUACCACACUGGCUCUCAAUGCUUCUGCUUCGCAUGCAUUGUUUCCAUAAAUUUUUCAGCCUAUCUGGAAGAUAAUCACACCCCCUUCCCCAUAGUGCAGAUAGUGUUUCAUGAGAGGAGAGUGGUCAGUUGAAGGCUGGCCGGUGUGUUCCAUGGCUAUGCAAGAGUUAGAAUAUCCAAACUCUAAUCUCUCUCUUGUAUACACAUCUGGAUCUCUGACAUGACAAAUCACCAAAGCAAAAAAAGUUAUUACAAAUGUUAUAAAGGUGUACCAGGGUUUGCAGAUGGUUGGUAGCUGUUGCUUUACUAUCACAAUAACCCACUCCUGAUUCAAAAACGUCUUAAUAAAUAAUACUGUUGGAUUUUGAUAUCCUGUACUGUACUUUAUCAGUACUGUGCUAUGUUAAUAAAGUGUACACUGGAGUUAUAGGAAGGAGUCCUCAUGCAGCAAACCUGUUUUUCCUCUCAGAGUAAUUGGGUUAAAAUCAGAUUAAAUUCUCUUUGCAGGAAUACAAAUAAAAUGUCAAAUGAAUCAAAAUCUCAAAUUUGAUCUUCAAUGUUUCUAAUCAUGGCACUGAUUAGAGUGGCAGAGGUGGCACACAUUGAAUGAUUGAUCUGACUGAAAGGAAGGUAGUUAUAUACUCAUCAGGGUACUGGACUGGACAUAUAGACUUAACUUGCUGCGCACCCCAGUAUUUCCUGUUUUUCCCCACUUUGUGCCACCGCUGCCAAAAUUAGUGGGGUCUUUGUGGGGGGAGCCUAGAUUAGGUUCCCAGUGUCUAGGCUCAUUGCUCAGAGUCCUGUAUAGUUUGCUUAUUUUAGUUGUGCAGAUGAGCAGUUAAUUUUUGCUACUGUGGAAUAACACUCCCAUCUAAUAUCUCCACAAGUCAGGAUAACUUCUUUGCUGUUCUGUGAAAUCUCUAACCUUGUAUGUUUGUCCUCAGUAUGCUAAGGCUUCAGAAGAGGCUGGCCUCCAGCGUCCUGCGCUGUGGCAAGAAGAAAGUCUGGUUGGAUCCCAACGAGACCAAUGAAAUUGCAAAUGCCAACUCUCGUAAGUGAACAUUUGCCAUGUCACAGAAGCAUAUGAGUAUGUACAGCUUGCUUACAUUGUUGGUACUUGUAGCAGAUGCUAGUUUUUGCUGAUAGGGUGGAACCUCGGUUUCCAAAUGCCUCCGUUCUUAUACGUUUUGGUUCUCAAACUGAAAACCCAGAAGUAAAUGCUUCCAUUUUUCAACGUUUUUCAUAACCUGAAUGUGUGAUGCAGCUUUGGCUGAGUGCAAGAAGCUCUUGCAACCAAUGGGAAGCUGUGCCUCGGUUUUCAAAUAUUUCAGAAGCCGAACGGGCUUCUGGAAUGGAUUUCAUUCAAGAACCAAGGUACCACUGUAAUCGGUUUUGUUUAAAACCAUAGCAAACAUCUGUUCAUAGUGCAAGUCACUAGCUUAGUAGCAAUUUCUUACUCUGUUACAUAGACUUUCCUUAGCUUACCUGUCUUUAGUUAAUUCAACAGACCAGAAAAUAGACAGUCUGUGAAUCAGGUGGAUUUUAACUUGGAAACAGAAAUGUAGACAUUGGCAUAAACAUAGUUUUGCUUACUUAUGUGAAAAUAGAUUUGCAGGUUCUCCUUGGUGAUAUUAGUUAUUCUUUCUGAUUAUUGUUUUCUCUUGUCUUCUAGGUCAACAGAUCAGGAAACUGAUCAAAGAUGGCCUGAUAAUCCGCAAGCCAGUUACCGUUCACUCACGAGCACGGUGCCGGAAAAACACUUUGGCUCGCCGCAAGGGCAGGCACAUGGGCAUUGGUAAGAGCUGGUUUCCAUCAAUUUUGAGAAUCUCCAAUUUAGAGGCAGUUUAGUUUAGGCAGAUCUAAUGAAACAAAGCAUCAGAUAUCUUUAAUUCUACACUUAGGAGGCUUUUGCAGAAAUGCAAACAUUUUUGUACUCUUAGCACAGAUCACUGAAUCAUUCUGCCUAACAUUUUCCUUUGCUUUCCAGGUAAGAGAAAAGGUACAGCCAAUGCACGUAUGCCUGAGAAGGUUACUUGGAUGAGAAGGAUGAGGAUUUUGAGACGUCUGCUUCGCAGAUACAGGGAAUCCAAGAAGAUUGAUCGCCAUAUGUAAGUCUGGCAAACAAAUACAUUUGUCAGUUUUGUCACCUGAAGCAUCUCUGGCUUUUUCUGCCUGUAAUGUGGCGAACUUUUUAUAUGCGUCUAUUCCAGUGGUGAGAGCCAAAUUAUGCUAGUUUAUGGAAGGCUUACUGAAUAGUGUGCUAGGUUUCAGACUUCAUUUAAAUUGGAUUUAAGGAUUAUGGAGCCCACAUACUUGAUGACAAGGCAAAGCCACUUACAGUAUGUCUAGGGGACAUUGCUUUCUUUUAAGGUGUUAAUAUUUAUUCAGAGCUAUGGAGUGGCAUACUCAGCCCUUGCUGUUUCUCCCAUCUUUUCCAGGUACCACAGCUUGUACUUGAAGGUGAAAGGUAACGUGUUCAAAAACAAGCGGAUCCUGAUGGAGCACAUCCACAAGCUGAAGGCAGACAAGGCUCGCAAGAAGCUUCUGGCGUAAGUGUUUUCUCAUUUUGCUACUGGACACUUGCUUCCUUUGAGUAAAGUCAUUUCCCUCCUUUGCUCUCCUCCCUGAAUAAAGUCCUGUUCUUGGCAUAGCAGUACUAAAAUUCUUAAGGUAGCAAUAAAAAGGUGUUGCGGGCUGAAGAAUGAGAGGUGUAGCACAAACUCCACAAGUAAUCAACUUACAGUGGUGAGUCAUCUGAGGUAUUUGCUCUCUUUACUCUUCUGUUACUUGCCAUAAGGCUUCCGUAGAAGGGCUUCCCUCAUUUUGAUUGUUUGCCUGGCUCCAUCACUGAGUUCGGAAGUGAUGUUUCAUUGUUCCCUCCCAAGUUAAUUCGCUUAUUGGCUUUUUAGUGUAAGUUGGCAGCAAUGACAAAGUACUCUCUAUGGGGAAAUGUUUGGUUAGUAGACAGGAUAAAAAUGCUCCAAAAAUAAAUUUAAAAUACCACAAAGUUAUGAAGGUAGCUUGCACUCUAUAUUAAAAACAAUGAAAUAGACAACAGUAGUUGUUAGGGAGGGGACAAAAGUUCUCUUCAGAUGUUCCAGCUGUCAGACUGCAGACAGAUCUGAAAACUGGAUUCAUAUACAUACUUGGUGAAUUUGGUGACAGUAAUGAAGUGAAUCUGUUGAUGCUGUGCUUUUCACGGGCCUUCCUUUGCUUUUCAGUGACCAGGCUGAAGCCCGUAGGUCCAAGACCAAGGAGGCCCGUAAGCGCCGUGAAGAACGCCUGCAAGCCAAGAAGGAAGAGAUCAUCAAGACCCUGUCCAAGGAGGAAGAAACCAAGAAAUAACUUCUGCCUUUUCUGUGUACAUAGUGCUCAAAGGGUAUCUAAUAAAUCUCUUAACAACACAUCUGUGUCUAGUAGCUUUUCCUAGAUAAGUGGGGG